GUGUGGGAGAAGAAAAUGAUGAAUAUUUUGUUUACUCAUCCUAACCCGAAUUCAGAUAGAUAAUAUAUUCAGGAGCUUGCCAGAAUUGUCCUAACAAAAAAAGAGUUCAAAUGUGUAGCUUUUCUUAAACAGGGUGCAGCUGAAAAUGGAUGUUUGGCAUCAUUUUCCUGGAUUGAAUUGAGAAGUUAUGUUUUGUAACUUUUUCUAGUAUUUCUAGUUACAGAGUUCCCUCCCCAGUUAGACCCACGCCCUGUGACGGCACAGUGGGUCACACCAGUGUUUCCAUGAGAACCAUUAAACAGAUAUUAGUUUGUCACUGCCAAUGGCCAAGUGAUAUCAAGCAAUGAGAGUGACAACAAUGUAGUCCACUCUUCUCAAGAUUGAGGUAGCCUAAACAACAGGCCACAAAUAACGGUCAACGUGAACAUUUUGAAAUUCUUGUAAUCAGAAGCACCAGGCGACUUCGUUGUUUUUCUUCAAUAAACGUUAACAAUUUUGUAGUCUACUGCGCCACCUAGAGGCAUAUUUCUCCACAGAGUAAGGAUUGCCCAUCCGCACCUUACAAGUGUGGUUUAGCUUACCUCUAUCACACGGAGUCACUUUUACUCUGCUGUCGAAAAUAAGAAAUAACGAAUGAGAAAAUUAGUGUUUUGAAUUCGAGGAAAAUGGUGAUGAUGUUUCACAUUUCUGGUCAGUGUUGACUCACGUAAUUUACAAGUAAAAAUUGUUGCGGAUUCAUCUUAAUGUGUAAAAGGUUAAUGGCACGCCAGUGAAUGAAAAAUAAAGCAAAUAUGUACAUUUGGAUCCCGGAAGUCGUGCUGUGUGGAUCCUGCUUAGCUCAAAUCCUACUGAGUGGGAGAGCAGAGCAGCUGUCAGAGGUGGAUGAGAGAGAUUAUCCACGACUCACCGCUACAGGCGCUUCAUGCGAAGCAAGUAGUUGUUCUGGAAAAUGGGCAACGCUGAUUCCAAACUUCACUUCCGAAAAGCAGUGAUACAGCUCACAACCAAAACACAGCCGGUGGAAGCCACAGAUGAUGCCUUCUGGGACCAGUUUUGGUCCGACACCGCCACCACAGUGCAGGACGUGUUUGCUCUUGUGCCUGCAGCUGAGAUACGAGCUGUUAGAGAGGAAUCCCCUUCAAACCUGGCAACCCUUUGCUACAAGGCAGUGGAGAAGCUCGUCCAGGGUGCAGAGUGCGGCUGUCAAUCAGAGAAGGAGAGACGGACUGUCCUGAACUGCACCCGCCUGCUAACCCGCAUCCUGCCCUACAUCUUCGAGGAUGCAGACUGGAGGGGGUUCUUCUGGUCCACAGUACCUGGAGCAGGGAGGGCAGGGCAGGAAGAAGGUGAUGACGAGGGCCGACCUCUGGCUGAGUCUCUGCUGAUGGCCGUCGCUGACCUGCUCUUCUGUCCUGACUUCACCGUCCACAGUCACAGGAAGAGUGGCCCUGACCAGGCCGAGGACAUGCAGUCCAUAGACAGCUGUGAGUACAUCUGGGAGGCCGGAGUGGGCUUCGCCCAGUCCCCCCCCCUCAACUACAUCCACGACCUCAACAGGACGGAGCUCCUGAAGCUGCUGCUAACCUGCUUCUCUGAGGCCAUGUACCUGGCCCCCUCCUCUGACAACAACAUCCUCAACCCCUGGGUGACGUUCUUCAGCUCCACAGACAACAGACACGCCCUGCCUCUCUUCACCUCCCUGCUCAACGUGGUGUGUGCCUACGACCCGGUGGGCUACGGCAUCCCCUACAACCACCUGCUGGUCUCCGACUACCGGGAGCAGCUGGUGGAGCACGCCGUCCAGAUCCUCAUCGUCACUCUGGAGCACGAGGCCGCCACCGUCGUCCUCCCAGACGCGGACCCCUCGGAGUCCCCCUCCACCAUGGAGGAGCAGGAGCCCGUAGGACCUGAUAACCUGUUUGUGAACUACCUGUCCAGAAUCCACAGAGAGGAGGACUUCAGCUUCAUCCUGAAGGGCCUGGCUCGGCUGUUGACCAACCCCCUGGUCCAGACAUAUCUGCCAAACUCCACCAAGAAGAUCCAGUUCCACCAGGAACUCCUGGUUCUCUUCUGGAAGCUCUGCGACUUUAAUAAGAAGUUUUUGUUCUUUGUGCUGAAAAGCAGCGAUGUCCUGGACAUCCUGGUCCCAAUCCUGUUCUACCUGAACGACGCCAGAGCGGAUCAGUCCUGCGUGGGUCUCAUGCACAUCGGCGUGUUCAUCCUGUUGCUGCUCAGCGGAGAGAGAAACUUUGGCGUGCGUCUGAACAAGCCGUACUCGGUCCGGGUGCCCAUGGACAUCCCUGUGUUCACCGGGACUCACGCUGACCUCCUCAUAAUGAUCUUCCACAAAAUCAUCACCAGUGGUCACCAACGGCUGCAGCCCCUGUUUGACUGCCUGCUCACCAUCAUCGUGAACGUGUCUCCCUACCUAAAGAGUCUGUCCAUGGUGGCAGCCAACAAGCUACUCCACCUCCUGGAGGCUUUCUCCACCACCUGGUUCCUCUUCUCCACCUCCCAGAACCACCACCUGGUCUUCUUCCUCCUGGAAGUCUUCAACAACAUCAUCCAGUACCAGUUUGAUGGUAACUGUAACUUGGUGUAUGCCAUCAUCCGCAAGCGCAGCAUCUUCCACCAGCUGGCUAACCUGCCGUCCGACACGGCGUCCAUCCAGACGGCCCUUCAGAAGAAGAAGAAGACAGCAGCCUCCGGCAUGUCCCGCUCCUCCUCCCAGGAGAUCAGCUCCAUGCAGGGCUCUCGCCCCGCCAUCCUGGCUGAGCCAGGCACCCUCAAAGCCAGCCUGGAGGCCACACCAGGUAUCGACAAGCUGACGGAGACGACCCAAGUGUCUGAGGACGGCACCCUGGUUGCUCUGCAGCACAGCCGCUCUGCCCCGAACGCAGCUGCCGACCACAGCCGCUCUGCCCCGAACGCAGCUGCCGACCACAGCCGCUCUGCCCCAAACGCUGCCUCCGACCACAGCCGCUCUGCCCCAAACGCUGCCUCCGACCACAGCCGCUCUCCCCCGAACGCGGCUGCCGACAACAGCGGGAUUGCGGCGCCCAGCGACACCGAGUCCAACUCGGAAAGAGAGAACGAUGAGAUCUUCCAGUCAGGGUCAGCGACGCCCAGAAGUCGCAUGUCGAGUGUCUCGUCAUCUACCACGUACUGGACCCCCUCCCCAGACUGGGUGCUCUCCUGGAAGACUAAGCUUCCUCUGCAGACCAUCAUGAGGCUGCUACAAGUCCUGGUUCCUCAGGUGGAAAAAAUCUGCAUAGACAAGGGUUUGACGGAUGAAUCGGAGAUCCUGAAGUUCCUCCAGCAUGGAACGUUGGUGGGCCUCCUCCCUGUUCCUCACCCCAUCCUCAUCAGGAAGUACCAGGCCAACGCAGGCACCGCCAUGUGGUUCCGCACGUACAUGUGGGGAGUCAUCUACUUACGAAACGUGGAUCCCCCAAUCUGGUAUGACACGGAUGUCCGCCUGUUUGAGAUCCAGAGGGUCUAGCUGAGAUCAACAGGAUCUGGGCAGCUUGUAUUAACCUACUCCACCAGCACUGCCAUCCUCCGAGCUGAACUGAAGUCUGAAUGAGGCAGGAGGACAGAAGAUUACAAGUGCCACAUCUGUACAGAAAUGAAGAAUAUACUUUUUUUUUUCUCUCAAUCGGAAACAUUGUAAAUUAUUAAACAACUCUUACUACAUGCAGUUUAGUUUUCCUGUGACGGUUGUCAAGUUGGAAAAUAUAAAGUCACCCAUCAAUUAAGUCCUCUUCUUUCAACUCACUGUUCUAUCAUCCCACCUAUUUGCCAAACACAAACAGUAGCUGUGGUUUCUAAAUGCUUACAGUUGACUGUUUUUCUGAUUGAAUAGAAGAUUUACUGCACAUAGUUUCAUCGUUGUCUUUUGAUAUAUUUUUAUGAGUGACUAUCUCUCCUUUUCUUUCAUCCCUGAGAAGCUCAUUUUUUGUGUUUGAAGUUUGUAAGAAGAGAAGUAAGAACCUGGCAACCCAUCACCUUGGUGACGGGGGAGGGGACCUGCCUUAGACAGGCCCUUAAGUGUUCUACUGUUUGUGAGAAAAGGAGGGUCAUUGUGAAUGUAAUAAUUUGUAUAAGCAUUAAGUUUUUGUGUUCUUAAGAAUGUCAAUAAUUUCUAAAGGAGGGAUAGAGGAGGAAUGCGGCAGAGAAUGAUUGUUUCACCAAUGAUCGUACACAAACAUUGUGUCAUGAAUAUAUUUGUGAAAUACAAUGUACAAUAAAUUAAAUAACAUGUCAUUAUCACUUUUA